CGAGCCCAUUUCGCCAUCGCGACCGGAAGGAAGAAGCAGCCACGAUGUCGUCGCAAGCAGCCUUGAGCAAGGAGGAAGAGCAAGUGAAGCUCUUCCAGAUGAAGAAGCUCAUCAAGAACCUCCAGGCCGCGCGCGGUAACGGGACGUCCAUGAUCUCGCUCGUGAUCCCGCCCAAGGACCAGAUCUCGCGCGUCGCGCGCAUGCUCCAGGACGAGUAUGGCACGGCCUCCAACAUCAAGUCGCGCGUGAACCGCCUGUCCGUGCUCGGUGCGAUCACGUCGACGCAGCAGCGCCUGAAGCUCUACACCAAGUGCCCGCCGAACGGCCUCGUCAUGUACUGCGGCACGUGCAUGACGGAAGACGGCAAGGAGAAGCGUCUCAACUUUGACUUUGAGCCGUUCAAGCCCAUCAACACGUCGCUGUACAUGUGCGACAACAAGUUCCACACGGAGGCGCUUGGCGAGCUCCUCCAGGACAACGAUCGCUUUGGCUUCAUCAUCAUGGACGGUAACGGCGCCCUCUACGGUACGGUCGCUGGUAACUCGCGCGAGAUCCUCCACAAGUUUUCGGUCGAUUUGCCCAAGAAGCACGGUCGCGGUGGUCAGUCGGCCAUGCGUUUCGGCCGCAUCCGUCUCGAGAAGCGCCAGCACUACGUGCGCAAGGUCGCCGAGACGGCGACGCAGAUGUUCAUCACGAACGAUCGCCCGAACGUCACGAACCUCGUGCUGGCCGGUUCCGCCGACUUCAAGAACGAGCUCAACCAGUCCGAUAUCUUUGACAAGCGCCUCCAGGAGAUCGUGGUCAAGAUUGUCGAUGUCUCGUACGGUGGCGAGAACGGCUUCAACCAGGCCAUCGAGCUCGCGGCCGACACGCUCUCGAACGUCAAGUUUGUGCAGGAGAAGAAGCUCAUCUGCAAGUACAUGGAAGAGAUCGCGAUGGACUCUGGCAAGUACUGCUUUGGUGUCGCGGAUACGAUGAAGGCGCUCGAGCUCGGCGCCGUCGAGACGCUCAUCCUCUGGGAAGACCUGCCGCACCACCGCAUCUCGAUGCGCAACAACCAGACGGGCGAGGAAGUGCACAAGAUUCUGUCGCCGACCGAGGAGAAGGUCGCGGCCAACUUUAUGGACGCCGAGACGGGCGAGACGCUCGAAGUGACGGAGAAGGAGCCGCUCGUCGAGUGGUUCGCCAACAACUACAAGACGUUUGGUACCGCGCUCGAGUUUGUCACGGCCCGCUCCCAGGAAGGCUCGCAGUUUUGCCAGGGCUUUGGUGGCAUUGGCGGCAUUCUCCGGUGGCAGGUUGACUUCAUGGAGAUGGAGUACGAAGGCGACAGCGACGACGACUUUGACGACGACUCGUUCAUGUAAGUGCAAUUUAUUAGGCCUAGAGGACUCGCGUAUUAAUAACCGAGACGCUAACCAGCUUUCGUGUCCGCA